CUAAAUAUUAUUAUUAGGGCGUAAACUUGAAGUUUUGUGGAAUGGAGACUACUAUUAAAGCAACAACAACCAUCCUUUGAAUUGAAUGUUUGGUGCCAUUUUCAGUGUUUUCCCACUUCCACUUCUUACCAUCAACAAAUCCUACCCACCAUAACACACCCUACUCAAUCAGUAAUUUUGCAUCAAACCAUUUCAUCAAAUUACUAGUUGAGGAGAUGUUGGUCGGUCACACUGAUCGACUAUCAGAACCGUUAUCAUCAAAGGAUCAAAUACUUGCAGACCCUGUGUCUGAGUUAGGUGAUAAUGAUGAAGAGGAAAAUUAUUCAGAACAAAUAGUUUACUCAGCUUCAUUUGAAGAACUUGCAAGCAAUAAUAUUAAAUAUGAUACUGUCAUAUGGCUUUCUAUAUCAUUACUGCUGGUUUUAGCUUGGGGAAUUGGCCUUUUAAUGUUGCUUUACCUUCCGUUUAGGAGAUAUGUACUUCGAAAGGAUUUGUCUUCUCGCAGAUUAUAUGUUACACGUACCGAAAUAAUUCACAAGGUGUCAAGGCCUUCGUAUAUACCCUUUUGGGGGACCGUAACAAUAGAGAGGCGUGUACCUCUUUCUUUGGUCAUUCAUAUUAUUAUUGAACAUGGUUGUGUGCAGUCUAUAUAUGGUAUCCACACUUUUCGAGUUGAAAGUAUUGCUCAUGGAAAGGCUUCUCCUGUAGAUGAACUGCAAGUUCAAGGAAUUUCUGACCCCAAUAGUUUGAGAAAGGUGAUCAUAACAGAAGCUUCAAGAAUCUCAAGAGAUGUAAGUAAAAGUUGGAAGCCUUUUGCUCCAAGCAUAGAUGUCGAAAACGUGGCUCGUAUGCCAACAACGGCUGAGGGGCCGGUCGUCUUGAGAUCAUCAUCUAGAAGUCAUAAGUUGAUAGGCUCACCGCAUUCUUCUUCCGUGGAGCGCAGAAUAGCUGGAGGACUGCUUCUUAAUAAAAUUGAAGAAGUCAAUAAAUCAGUAAAGAGACUUGAGCUGCUUAUUGAGAAGGCGCAUGGUUCUCACGCCACAAGCUAAAGUACCAUAAACCAGCCCUGCAAGAAUUGAACUGAAUUGGAGUUUCCAAAUUAGUAAUACCUUGUUUAUAUUAUGGAAAUAUGAAAUGAUGCUGUAAUUAUUUUUUGCUCAUAGGUCACAUUUUGAUUGAUUGUAUAGAAUUAUGGCGUUAAACUUGAUAUUUGGAAUCUCAAGUUGUGAUUGCAUAAUUGUUUUCCCAGUUUCUUGCAUAAAA